AUGCCUGCAGAUGCACAGCACAUUGCUGUGCUCAGAGUUGUCAUCGGAGAAGACUUUAGCAGAGGACUUGCAGACAGACUCAUUACACAUAUCAUUCAGGUGCUCAAAGAGAUCGAAGGUCUUCCUAGCCGGAUCGCUCAUCUAGCCGCUGCUGCUAAGGUUAGUGGCGAAGAAGAAGUCAAGACUUCUAAGAUGUCGUUGGAGGAUAUCACUAAGUACUGGAAACGCCUUGUUGAUGACAAUGGGAGUACAGUACCUGAUUUGUUUCCUGGAGAAGGUAGUGAAUGGAAUUUGGAGCUCCUUCCUCAUCGCCAAGUUGGUAUUGCUGGUGUCAAGCCUCCACCUGGUAAAGGUGCAAGUAUGCAGCUCAAAAGCUUUGCGAAUGGUGGUUUCUCUUUUCCCUCUCCAGUACCUGAUGGACAGAUCUCCCAUGAAGAUUCUGCAAACCAUUGCAAUGCUGCUGUGAGAAGGGAAAGUCAUGGACCAAAGGGGCUUAUUGAGUCUAAUAGUAUGGAUGUUUCUUCGACAAAAAGACGCAGCGAUUCUUUCUCUGAAGGAAUGUUAAGAGAUAGGGAUGGUGAGAAGGUUGCAAGUUCAAGAAACUCUUCCCCAUCCGUACUCUCCCAUAGUUCUUAUACUGGGAGAGAGCAUGGCAAGGAAGAAGAUGAGGAAGAAACCAGUCAUGGGCCGGAGGAAGAUCUUGGGACCUCGUUUGAGGAUGAGGAUGCUAUCGUGGUGCAGGAGCAAGUAAGACAGAUUAAAGCCCAAGAGCAGGAUUUUGAGACCUUCAACCUGAAGAUUGUUCACAGGAAAAACAGGACUGGUUUUGAAGAGGACAAGAGCUUCCAUGUGGUUUUGAAUUCUGUCAUAGCUGGUCGUUAUCAUGUCACUGAGCAUCUUGGAUCAGCAGCUUUUAGCAAAGCAAUACAAGCACAUGACCUCCACACAGGCAUUGAUGUCUGUGUAAAGAUCAUAAAGAACAACAAAGACUUUUUUGACCAGAGCCUUGAUGAGAUCAAACUUCUCAAGUAUGUCAACCAGCAUGAUCCCGGUGACAAGUACCAUAUCCUUCGACUGUAUGACUACUUCUACUUCCGGGAGCACCUGUUAAUAGUAUGUGAACUUCUCAAGGCAAACUUGUAUGAGUUCCAAACGUUUAAUAGGGAAUCAGGUGGAGAGGUUUAUUUCACAAUGCCAAGAUUACAGGUUAGCCAACAUCCUUACUACAUACAAUCGGAUACCUAA